GAAGAUCGGACGUAAACAUUCGCGGUGCGCAGUGAAAUCUGUUGCUGUGAAAUCACGUCGCUUUCAAUGAGAAUAUUGAAUUACUAAUUUCUAUUUAAAAUUAUUGUGCAUGUCAACAUAUUCCGCGUGUUGACCUAAGGCAGCACUUUAUCUCUAUUCGCUCGUAGCAUCUCGACAAAGAAAUGGACACGAGAGCCUUGAGGAAUCCCUAUCCUGACUUUGACGGGAGCCCUGAGCUCACGCAAUCGCUUUUUGACGCCUAUGGCAAGCUGACGUCUGCGUUUGCGCAGCGACUGAACAGAAAGAUCGACGAGCUUUUGGCUGUCAUGGAGAACGGGCUUAAGACUGCCGAAACAAAAAAUUGCACCAUUUACACCGGGUGGGCAGGCAUUGCAUUGCUCUACUUGCACAUGCACCGUAUCUUCAACCAACCGGCAUUCCUCCAGAAGGCUCUGGAACACGUGGGCCGCAGUCUGAAGAGCCUGACCCGCCGCCAUGACGUCACUUUCCUUUGUGGUGACGCAGGGCCGUUGGCUGUGGCCGCUGCAGUGUACCACCGGCUGCAAAGGCCCGGAGAGGCCGACGAAUGCAUCAGAAGACUGCUGCAGUAUCAGCAGACUGUCGUAAAAGGCUCUGGCGGGAUGCCUGACGAGCUCCUCUACGGUCGGGCGGGUUACCUCUAUUCUCUAAUCUUCAUCAACCAGCAGCUGGGUACGGACAGAAUUCCACUGCAGCACAUCCAGCAGAUCAGUGAGGCUAUCCUGGCAUCAGGCGAGCACUUCAGUCGGAAAUUUCAUGUCCAGAAUCAAAGUCCCCUGAUGUAUGAGUGGUACAAUGAACAAUAUGUCGGCGCUGCGCACGGAUUGGCUGGCAUCUAUUAUUACCUCAUGCAGUCUGGCUUUGUUGCGGGUGAGGAGAACGUUCGCAGGGUGGUCAAACCCAGCGUCGACUACGUCCGUCAUCUCAAGUUCCCCUCUGGGAACUACCCUCCCUGCGUGGGAGAUGGUCGGGACCUGCUGGUGCACUGGUGCCACGGAUCCCCGGGUGUCAUCUACAUGCUCCUGCAGGCACAUAAGGUGUUCGGUGAUUCUCAGUACCUGGAGGAUGCUCUGCAGUGUGGCGAGGUUGUGUGGCGCUGGGGAUUGCUGAAGAAAGGCUACGGGUUGUGUCAUGGCGCGGCAGGCAACGCUUACACCUUCCUGGCUCUGUACCGUCAAACACAGGACCCCAAGCAUCUUUACAGAGCCUGCAUGUUUGCGGACUGGUGCAUGAACUAUGGUUCGCAUGGCUGCAGAACACCAGAUACCCCCUUCUCACUUUUCGAAGGCAUGGCAGGGACAAUCUACUUUUUGGCUGACCUCCUGCAGCCAAUGCAGGCACGAUUCCCAGCCUUCGAGGUGUGAUUUUUUAUUUUA